AUGUCUCCCAAGGUCAAAACCGCUGGUCUUCGACCACUCCAGGAAAUCGCUGAAGAGGCUAACAUGUGUGCGGCGUCCCAGCUUGCGUUCGAUAACGACGAUGAGGCCUUGGCUCAACUCGAAGCUCGGAUCGAAGAACUCAACGCUGAGUAUGAGCAAGCUCUGGGUGGCCAACCUGGUAAGAACAAGGAACACGGCCCUGCGGACGCCUUCAGUAACGAGCGCGAAGAACACGACGAGCAAGAUCCCGCUGGACACGGCGCACACGGCCGCAACGGACCCGCCGGACUCCGAGGGCUGGUUAAAGCCCACGAGAUGGCAGUGAAGAAGUCUAUUGACAGUGCCCGUAACAUGAUCGGGGCGUUCCCCUCAGCCGUCGAUCUUUUCCCCGUGUACAACAACAUGCGCUCCGCGGUUGAGCACUCCAACCAAGUCGCGGGAGGUAUGAUUGGUCAGACUCCAAGGCGUGUCUUUGACCCCUUGCUGUCUCCCCGGCCCUACGGGAACCAUCGACGUCAGGUUGAGACACAUUCACUAUCGCAUACCGACACCGCUCCUCCUCUCUCGGCGGAAGUCAAGGCUUCUCCUUCUGCUACACGAGCCGAUGAUCAGGGUGAAGAGCAGUCCGUGAAGAAGAAGUGGAGUACUGUUAAGGUCAAGUCUGGAGAUGAUGAUGGCAAUAACCCAACUGCAGACUGGCCAAACGUCCCUUUGACACACUUGAGCAAUUUUGUUUGGUCGACUGUGCCGUCCAUGACAUUUUCCCAUGCUCGCACUGCAACGAGCGCAUCUAGGUCACCGCUUCCUGAGCUCAGAACUUUCGAGGACGUCCACAGCCAGAUUCGCGAGCAGGAUAUCGAAACCAUCCUGAAAGCCGAUAACAUGGCUGCUCAACGUUGGCACGAACGCGAGUUUGCUCCUGUUUCUUCGUCGAGCGGGCCUGCAGCCCUGCAGCCUGAGUCCGCUACUUCGCUUCUAGACCGCACGCACGCAAAGAAGAACGCAGCCAGCCAGCCAUCGCUAGAGACCCAUUGCGGUGUCCACACGGGUCAAGAUCACAACGUCGGCUGUAUUACCCUCAAGGAAGGUAUCUCACCCAUCGAUCUUCUGAAUCUUCUAGAUAACUCCGACAUUUCCGACAUUUCCGAUAUCGAGUUCGAGAUCGAAGACGACUGUGCCGAGGUCAAGAACGGCGACGCGACUGCCGGAACUACUACUUUGGAGCCGCGUAAAUUCGUUCCGACUGUUACAGAAGACGAUAAGCAGGCUCGCGUAUCAGUACAAGGUCUCAACUAUGCUCUUAGUACAGAUGGAGAAGAGUACAGCGACUCCGACGCCGAUUCGAUUCCCGACCUCUUCUCUGUGGACAAUGGUCUGCCAGAGAAGUCUUCUGACGUCGAGACCGCUACCGGCUCUGCUUCUGCUGACAGCACCCCCGCACCGGACGACGCUAUGGUAGACGAGUUUCUGGACUUUACUGCCAACGCCUUCUCGCGCGAUGAAGUCUUCGAGAUCCUUCGUAUGUGCGGCGCAAAUCUAGUUGUUGCUGUCUCCAUGUACCGCAAUGCCCGCAGCCCUGACCAUAUCCGACAGAUGCUGAGGGCUUGGCUUGCGCCGCUUGAGAACGGUGGUUUGGGUGACAUGGACCGCCAGUCCAUUCAAGACGACGAAGUGAACCUUUUACAGUUCACUAACCCCUCGCAAGUCUUCACACCUCUUCACAACGCUGAGCCUACUGGAACAACGAUGGAUGUGCGAGAUGCCGACCGUUUCAACGUACUCCGACCUUUGAAGGACAUCGCAAGCUCCACAGAGGAAGACGAGUCCAAGAAGGACCAGGACACGGCCAAGAACAAGACGGGCGCUGUUCGUGCAGCCCCCUCUGUGAUUAGUGACGGAUAUGGCGGUUCAGGUGGGCUAAGGGAUCCCCUGUGGGCUCCGUCAAGUUGGCAAUACGAGUGUAAUGACCUUGCUUGGUUGAUAAACCCCAACUCCGCGCCUGGUAAUCCGGGGUCUACUGGACCAGGCCCACAGAGCUCAGGAGACGACGCAUGGGCUUCCAUUGGUAACCUUAAAGACUCCAACAACGCUCCCGAACCAGAAGCUCCUGUAUCUACUGACUAUACCGUCACCUAUUGGGCCACCGUCGAGUCCGGCGACAAAACUGUCCACAUUCCCAUCAACAGCAGCGACGUCUCCGGUCCCGAGAAGAACAUCAUCGAGAGCAGCACUGGUAUGAAGAAGAUCUGGAAAUGGGCUCAAGAGAAAGGUCUUAGCGACAAGAUCAGCCUUCAAGACGCUUUCGAUCUUGCCAAGGACAUGCACUGCAAGGACAAAACCGACCAGCCAGUCAUUAAGGAGCCUGAGCGUGCCACGGAGGCCCCACGUGCUACCCGCCGCAGUCGUAGCCGCAGCCACAGCCCAUAUCCACAACGCGCUGCUCCCGCUGUAGGUCUCUCCGGUGUGAACUACGUUUACCCCAACCCCCCGCGUGUUCACCCGAUGACCUCUCCGAUGAGUCUGGUCGAUCCGGCCCACGAGGACGUGUGUGAUGAGGGCGAGGGGUGGUCUUGUUAUUAG